AUGCAUAAAGUUUUUUCCAUGAAAGAGUUGGGUUUCCUCAAUUAUUUCUUGGGCAUCUCUGUUCACACUUGUGCUGCUGGUUUCUUUUUGCACCAAUCUAAGUAUGCCACUGAGAUCUUAGCCAAAGCUGGAAUGUCCAACUGCAAGCCCUAUGCCUCUCCCAUGGCUACUAAAUCCUCCAGCUUUCCCAACUCUGAUCUUCCUUUUGCUCAGCCUGCUUUGUAUUACAGUAUUGUUGGGGCUUUUCAAUAUCUAACCAUUACUUGCCCCGACAUUGCUUUUGCUGUCAACUCUGCCUGCCAAUAUAUGCACGCUCCUUUGGUUAGUCAUUCUAAUGCUUUCAAACGCUUAUUGUGUUAUUUGAAGGGUACUCUUGAUAAGGGUCUUCAGUUUCAGCUCGGUCCUCUUGUUCUCACUGCCUAUUCUGAUUCCGACUGUGCUGGGAACGACAUUGAUCGUAGGUCGACUACUGGUUUUUGUAUUUUUCUGGGUCCCAACUUGGUUUCUUGGUCUGCAAAGAAACAACCUACUGUUUCUCGCUCCUCCAUUGAAGCAGAGUAUCGCGCUCUUGCUCAGACUUCAGCCGAGCUUAGCUGGCUUGGCAUGCUUCUUCGGGAUCUUCACAUUCCUCUUGACCCACCUACUCUAUGGUGUGACAAUCUCUCUGCCAUUACUCUGUCUAGUAAUCUUAUUGCUGAUAUCCUCACCAAACCCCUUUCAGUUUCUCGGUUUAACUUUCUUCAACACAAGCUUCUGGCUCAUUCUUCUCCUGUCAGCUUGCCGGGGCAUGUUAAGCAAACUCAGUUGCAGUCUUCACAGUUGCCUUCACAGUUGCAGUCUUCACCUUCACAGUUGCAGCCUUCAUCUUCAACACUGCCGAAGCAGUUGCACCAGCAUGAUCAAAACAACUCCACCUCAUCUGAAGUCUGUUAG